AUGGCCCUCCCCAUAGCCAACAAGGCCAAUGUCAACACGAUGCACCGAUUUGGCGACCUCGGCCGGAUAACGACGCCGUUGGCUCUUGCUGUGCACAGGAGCUCGUACGAGUGGGCAGAGAAACUCCUCCAGAAGGGCGCGGAUCCCAAUAUCGGAUGCGACUUCGUUGCCAAUCAGCUGCUCAGCCAUCUGCUAGGCCACUACCCAGAGUACGACGACGCUAGACCGUCACUCAACUGCGUAUGGCGGCCCUUGGUCCUGGCGGUUGGGAUGGGCGAUGAGCCUUUGGUUCGCCUGCUGGUGGAGAAUGGUGCUCUUGAUGUGGUGUCCGAGCCCAAGGAAACUAGCGACGGCAUUCCCAGCUCGUUUCCGCCGGCUGGGGAUGUGACAGUGCAUCACAUAUAUGCUACGGGGCCUCUCGCCGGAGUCGACACGAUCGAGUUCCUGCUGAGAUCCUUUCCAGAGUCAGUCAACGCAGCAGUUGACGGUUGGAAAACGCCGCUGACGAUGGCGAUUUCCUCCCGAAAGUUUGACGCGUUCGAAGCUCUGUUGCAGGCCGCCGCAGAGGUGAACUAUCCAGAUGGUCCCCUGGUCCCCCCUCUGCACGCGGCAAUCGAGACGUUCUGGCUGAGCACUGAGCCAGCAUCGCGCUCCAUAUGCGUCCAGUUCAUGCAUCGGCUCAUUCAGAGGGGAGCGGACGUCAACCGAAUCUAUAACGGCUCGAGCCCCCUCACGGCUGUUCUUGGGGGCAUAAGCUGUUCGGAGACUAAGCAGCUACUUCCAUCCAUGUUUCCCAUAGUGCAGAUGCUCAUCCAGGGCCAGGCCGACGUAAACUACAUGGACCCCAGCGGCAAAACACCGAUGUGCAUCAUCUUUGACAAGGCCACGUUGACGUGGGAUUUCCGCACAUGCACCUUUCUCCAGCAACCCCUCAGCCAGCUGUUCGCUGCAGGCGCCGAUGUCAACAAGCACGGACCCAACCGGGAGACAAGUCUGUUCUCAUUGCUGAAGGCAUUCUUCCUGGAUCCAGCUGCAAAUGUCUCCGCCGCGUUCAUCCAAUGUACCGUGGCCUAUGGCGCUGUCCUGGGCGACGACGAGGCCAACCGGAUGUUCAUCAGGUGGCUGGACAAUGCAUGGUUCCAGAAAACAUACCGCAUGGCCCGCUACCACGGGAAACGCAUCUCGAAGGAGAUACUCUUCCAGGCGUACGAGGGUGCCAUCAAGCAGAGGGACAUGAAGAAGCUCAAGGCUCUCGGGGCCUUUGGAGAGCCUGCCAACACCGACGUGGUCUUGAGCCUUGCAUUUCACCCCGCAUACUAUAACCGGCAGGUGAUUGAGAGAUCGCGUGGGUGGCGGUUUGAUGCCAACUUUACCGAUGCCGAGGAUUCAGGGAGAGGAUAUAUGCACAAGAUCAUCAGGGUCCUCGAAUGCAACAAGGGCUACAGGGAGAAGCAGGCGACGCGGGACCUUCAGCAACUCCUGCUCCGGCGCUGCCGGCCGGGUCUUCUCGAUGCGGGGGGGAAGACGGCUCUCGAGAGGCUACGGAUGAUGGCCAACAAGGAGUGA